CGCUGUUCCGCCAAAUUGAAGCCCUCAACAACAAAGACAUGCUAGCUUGCUGCAUUUAUCUGCGACAGCUCCCCCUGUUGGUUCCACAUACCAGCUAUGAUCGCAACACAGCCUGUUUAGACUCGGAGGAUUAAAAUGCACUGAUUAUCUGAAGGAAAUGAUUUCAUUUCUAGUGUAUCGUCACCACAACAGAACAAUCAAGGGUUUCUACAUUAACGCUCUGUGCAACAUGUCCAGGCAAAGCAAUGGCUUCACUUCCAGGUCAGAGACAGGAAUAGAAAAAAUAGCAGUGGUUGUUCCGGAUGCGUAAGUACCAAGAAAGUUGCACGUGGAUAUGAGUGAACCAUCACACAUACUGAGAAAGCGAAUUGUCUUUAAUUAUACAACGUGAAACACAUCAGCAGUGACGUUAAAUUGUAUCUUGAUUUAUGAAGGCCCUGAGACGAUGGAGGUGGAUGACGGUGAAUUCAUCAGCUCGCCUCCAAAGAAGGUCGUGCGGUUUGGGGGGUCUGUGUCCAACACUCUGGCCAAAUUCUUGCAGGGUGACACCAAUGAUUAUGAGCUGUUAAAGCACCAACUCUCAGACCCAGACAUUAAGGAUGCUCAGAUUAUCAACUGGCUCCAGGAGCUCCGGAGCUGUGUCACCCACCUGACCAAGGACUUUGAGCAGCUCGUCUCUGUCAUCCUGAGACUGCCCUGGCUAGGCCGAAGCCAGGAUGUAGUUGAAGAGUACUUGGCCUUCCUGAGUAACCUGGUCUCAGCCCAGACUGUCUACCUGAGGUCCUGUCUGAGCGUGACUGUCUCCAACUUCAUACCGGGGAGAAUUGUUAUCAAGGAAGGAGAUGUGGACAUUUCAGACUCGGAUGAUGAUGAUGAAAACUUGCCCAGGAACUUUGACUUGUGUCAUCGGGCCUUGCAAAUUAUAGCCAGAUAUGUUCCUUCAACGGCCAGGUUUCUUAUGCCAAUCCUCCGUGAGAAGUUUCCUUUUAUCAACAAGUCUGCAAGAACAUUGGAGUGCUACGUGCACAACCUGCUGCGGAUCACCGUGACCUUCCCAGUCCUGCGGCACGAAGUCCUGGAGCUGGUCAUCGGGAAGAUGCUCAGACUGGAUGUGAGCGCCCCGCGGAGAGAUAUUGAGGACGCAGAAGAGAAUGCUACCCAGGGGGAUGAUGGGAAUGGAGCCUCCCAAGAGGAGUGUCUCUUUGAUAUGGAUGAAGAUGAGGAAAAUGUGUCCAAGUCCUCCAGCCCCCCAGGGGGCGAUGUGAUGGCUCACGCUGUGGCUGACCGGCUGGAUAUCCUUAUGACGGUCCUCCUGGCAUACAUCAAAAACAUAUGCUAUGUGAAUGGCACUCUGGAGCUGACUCGCACUAAGGAGCUGUAUCGGGACCUGAUUGCUGUCUUCGACAAGCUCAUCCUUCCCACGCAUGCCUCCUGUCACGUGCAGUACGUCAUCUUCUACCUCUGCAGCUUCAGACUGGGCCUGGCUGAAGCCUUUCUGGAGCACCUGUGGAAGAAGAUACAGAGCCCCAGCAACCCGGCUGUGAUCCGGCAGACUGCCGCAGGCUACAUCGGCAGCUUUCUGGCAAGAGCCAAGUUCCUCCCCAUACCGACAGUGAAGGCCUGCUUGGACCUCCUUGUCCCUUGGCUCCACCAGUACAUCCACAGCCAGGAUGCGGGUUCGAAAGCUUUUUGUGACGUGUCCCUGCACGGGCCCUUCUACGCUACCUGCCAGGCAGUCUUCUACACCUUGGUGUUUAGGCACCGGCAGAUGGUGGAGGGGAACCUUCGCAAAGGUCUGGCGUACCUUGAAAUGCUGAAUUUUGAACGGAUAGUAAUGUGCCAGCUGAACCCUCUGAAGGUGUGCUUACCAGCUGUUACAAACAUGUUUGCAGCAAUCACAAGGAAGUACCAGCUGGUGUUCUGUUAUACCAUCAUCGAGCGCAAUAACAGGCAGCUGCUGCCGGUGGUGAGGAGCAGUCUGGGAGGGGAUUCCCUGACCACCAACGCCAACCCUCUGGACAGCUUCUUCCCCUUUGACCCCUACCUGCUCAAGAGGUCAGGGAAGAUGAUCCAGCCCAUUUACCAGGUCUGGGAGGAGGUGAGCGUGUGUGAUGUGGGUGGAGCCAGGCAGACGGUUAAAAAGGACUCUGUGACAGAGGAGGACGAUGAUUUCCUGCGAGGGGAGAGCCUCCAGAGCGAGGCAGCGGUGGGCUUUAUCCCUGGCUCCUUCGAGUCUCACAGCGUGGGCUCGCCCCCCGUCUCCUUCCUGCAGCGCCCAUUCUGACACAGCACUCCGUACACACACACACACACACACCAGGCGUGGAAAUGGUCAGGAGAAACCGGCCUUGGACACAAUGAGCUUUGCUGCGUUUCCAUGGCCCCUUCCAGGAAAGACUAAUAUUACUCAUUUCUUGCAAGUGCCAAGUUGUUUCUUUGCUGGGAAUCUGUGCGAACGUGACGUCAGUCGAACCUGGAAUUGUUUUGGAACCAGAACAGCAGACAUAAUGUGGACAUGAAACAGAUUUAAGCAAGUUACUGGUCUUCUCAUUCCAUCAUGACUCACCGUUCCUUUCAAGGAGAGCUCCCGAUCCUCCUGAGAUAAUUUUUUAAAGAAUGUUGAGAUGUGCUGGUGAUGGAGGGAGCACAGUUUAUCAGACUCUACAUCUUACUGAGGAAUUUAGUCUUCAGUACAAAAGUAAUUUCAGCCCACAGGGAACUGUUGGAAGUGGGAGGCUGAACUCAAUGCAUGUGUCAAACUGAAGAAAGCAGGGAAGGUUCACAGCAGUGAUAACCAGUAGCAUACCUGUGCACAAAUAACUGUCCAGACACAGCUAUUUUAAAUGUUUAAUUUGUGUAUAUCCGUCUUUGUUAUAUUGUAAUAUUCUGUGUAAUAUCCUUUAAAUAGUUUCUUCACAAUUUCAUUAGUGUGGCACUCAAACUAAUUUAGCAAACAUUAUUAAACUACUUUAAAUCCCUUUAAUCAUGUAGAAAUCACUUGUUGAAAUUGUAUUUUUUACAGCUGAAACUAAACUUUUUUUAUUUGUGAUUUGUUGUUUUAUUAAAUUGUGAAACAUGAAUUACUGGUUUGUAACCAGGUUUUUGCAAAAUACAUGGAAGUGUUGUUCUUUAUAAAUGUAUAUAAAGGGCUGAAAAUAAAAAAAAAAUGAUCUUAA